AUGAGUAGCAGUAAUACACCAAACAAACAAGCAAUAUCUUCAAAUGAAAGACAAUCAAUAAUACGCACAACAUUAACUCCACCAUCUUCAACUACCAGUGGAAAUCAUCCUGAUCCUUCAUUAUCUUCAUCAUCUGCUACACAACGUAAAUUAUCUCAUCUAAAUUCUCAAAUGGCUCAAUUAAAUGCAAAUCUAUGUGAUUUCAAUGAUUUAUUGGUGACUACAUGUAGUCAAUAUCAAAGUAUAGAAAAAUUAGGGAAAAUCCAUGCAAGUAUAUUUAUGGCUGGUCAUACAGUUUUUGAAGAUGAAAAUUUCAAUUAA